GUUUUAUACGUGAAUAAAAGUAGCGAUACAUCGGUUAUUAGUAAAUUAGCUAAUUUUCAAUUAGUAACCGACUAAAACAGGUUUUUAUCCACCUUUCUAUUCAAUAUAUCAAUUAAUCUCGCCACUAUCUAUUGGACUUAGUCUUGAAUCGUCAUACGCAAACUCAUGUCCACUCACACAAGCCAAAAACCUAUGUAAGUAUGAAAGAAAUAAUCGGCGGUGUUUACCUAUAAAUUUGAAUCGAUUGCCGCUCCAGCGGACAGUUCUUAUUAACUGGUGACAGCGGUUGGGUUCCCCUGUGGUAGAAAAGCCUAGUUCUAUCUGGGCUAUACUUCUGGAAAACGGAAAACUCUUGGAUAAGCGCAGCGAUACUAUAAAAUAAUUACCAACCCACAAAAAUAACUCUGAACCAACUAUCUAGAGAAAGAAAUUCGCUAAAAAUACUUCAGAAAUCAAUAGAGGUAUCUGUGAUAAGAACUAUCUGUGAAGCAGAGUAAACAAUGGAAAUAUUACAUAGGAAGUAAUACUUUAAUCUCUGGAUUAAGAUACUUUGAAGCAUUAAGAUUAAGAUACUUCUCAGGACAAUAACCUCUUUGGAUUCUGGAGUUUUGGAAAACUCUGAGAUAACUUAAAGUUGUAAAGAUAUAUAACACAGAGAAUCAAAAAUGCCAAAACUCUUUAUCAGCCUGCUAAUUUCCAUCGGCUCUCUGCUGAUCGCUUCGGCAGCCAUAUCAUCACCCAUCAUUGGAAUUCUCACCCAGGAGGUGUACACCGAUGGCUUGAUCUCUCGACACUUUGAUAACAAGACCAGCUAUAUAGCCGCUUCGUAUGUGAAGUAUCUGGAAGGUGCCGGAGCACGAGUAGUGCCCGUUUGGAUCGGACGUAAUCGCAGCUACUAUGAAGAUCUCAUGUACAAGAUAAAUGGAGUUUUGCUGCCCGGUGGUGCCACUUGGUUCAAUCAGAGCAACGGGUAUGCCGAUGCCGGCGAACAUCUGGUACAGUUGGCAAUGGAACUGAACGAUCAGGGAAUCUUUAUGCCGGUUUGGGGCACUUGUCUUGGCAUGGAACUGAUGGUUUACAAACUGGCUGACGGCAGUGAGCAUCGUAUUAACUGCCAGGGAAAGGGAAUUGCGCUACCAAUGGAGUUUAAAGAAGACUUCAACAAGAGCCGUCUAUUUGCCUACAUCAGUGAUGACAUAGUGGCAAAUAUGGUCAACAAGAAUGUGACCUAUCAUUGGCAUCAGUUUUGCUAUACGGAAAAGGACUUUGAGAGGGAUCUUUUAAACGAGACUUGGCGUGUAUUGUCUUUGAAUCAUGACUGGGAUGGCGUUGAGUUCAUUUCCACAAUGGAACACAAAAAGUACCCCUUUUAUGGAGUACAAUUUCAUCCGGAGAAGCCCAUGUAUGAGUUUACUAAGGCCAGUAUUCCGCAUACCGCAGCUGCUGUAAUAAGUGGUCAAUUCUUUGCCGAUUUCUUUGUGAAUGAGGCCAGGAAAAGUAAUCAGAGCUUCGCCAAUGCCACGGAGCAGGCCAGGGCACUAAUCUACAACUUCAAGCCGGAGUACACUUCGAUUUUGGGAUCCUCCUACAUCCAGCAAUAUUUGUUCACUAAUGACGAAAUGGAAAUUCCCGACAUUCCAGAGAUUCCGGAUGACCCUGAUGAGGGCGGUAAUGGUAAUGGCUACAUUCCCAUUAUUGUCGAUGGCGGUGGUGGUAGUUCCAGCAUACUACCUCUCUUCAGUGGAUUACUCCUUACCUUGCUGAUCCUAUCAAAUAAUUAAUUGAUUGUUUAGCAGUGUUCAGUUAAUUUGUGGCAUGAACUUUGCUCAAGUUAGCGUAUAGUUUCAUAUCUAGAAUGAAAUGAAAUUUGUUUACGCUCUAGAUAUUUACCGAAUUAAGUUUUCAUUCUCGUUGAUCGAUUAUAAACUGUUAUCUUUGCUAUUGUCUAUGUGAUGUGAAAUUCGAGACCCUGCAAUUAUUGUUCAAGCUAUUUACAUGACAGCAAAAUAUGAAAAGAGAUUGUCUUUGUCGCCAAGGGUGACUCAAUUGGUUAAUUAAUGGUUCUUUUUAUAGAUAUAUUUCAUAAGAAGGGAUUAUAUAAUAAAUGUUUUAAAUGAUAAAUUGAUAAA